AUGGCUCUCCCCCAAACCUACAAAGCCUUCCGGCACAGCUCGGGCAACACACCUAAAACACUCGAAGCUGCCACAGAAGAACUCCCGUCAUCACUCAAACCUAGUGAAGUAUUGAUUCGGAUCCACGCUGUGUCACUGAACUACAGAGAUGUGGCAAUGAUGCAUGGAAUCUACCCGGUUCCGGUCACCGAGCGAUGUAUCCCUACAUCCGAUUGCGCCGCCGAGGUUGUGGGACUUGGAUCUGAUGUUCACGAUUUCCAAAUUGGAGAUCGAGUUGCGCCUAUCUUUGAUUUGAGCAACAUCGAUGGCACCGAAGAAGAGCAUUCGGUAUUGGGUGGGGAUGUCAACGGAGUGUUGCGCGAAUAUGCGGUGUUCGACCGAAAUGUCUUGUUCCAUUUGCCCAAGCACCUCUCUUGGGAAGAGGCCGCUUGUAUCACUUGCGCAGGAGUGACCGCAUGGAAUGCUUUGGAAAUGCCUCGAUCUAAAGGCACUGCUCUUCUCCAAGGUACUGGUGGAGUUAGCAUGUUCGGCCUACUGAUCUGCCUAGCUGCUGGCAUCCGUCCCAUCAUCACUUCGUCCUCUGGCCAAAAGCUCGACUUGGUAAAGGCCAUUGCGAGUCCAGGCGCUGUCAAUACUAUCAACUACCGAGAUCAGCCUAAAUGGGAAGAGGAGGCUCUUCGCCUCACCAACGGACGAGGUGUCGAUGUUGUCGUCGACAAUGUUGGGCCCUCUAGUAUUGCCCAGAGCCUCGCCUCUCUCGCUAGAAGGGGCACGGUUUCAGGAAUUGCUGUUGGCUCUAAGGCUGACCAUGAAGCCUUGUGCAGCUUCCUGUCGGAGAAGAAAAUUGGUCUGAAGCCUGUCCUUGACAAUGUGACUUUCUCGUUUGAAGAUUCGCAGGCGGCGUUCGAUCACCUUUGGAAUGCGAAGCACAUGGGCAAGGUUGUGAUCAAACUAUGA